AUGACCCCUCCGAAGCCGAAUAAGCCAUUAUUGCUCUAUUUAUCGGCUGCACAUGAAUCCCUGGGGUGCAUGCUCACCCAAGAGGAUAACGGGGUCGAAAGAGCGGUCUAUUACAUGAGCCGUGGACUGACCGAUACCAAGAUUUGCUAUUCCGAUAUAGAGAAAAUGUGUCUGUGUUUGUACUUCACAUGUUGCAAACUACGAUAUUACAUGUUGCCGGUAGUGGUGUACGUACUAUCCCAGACCGAUAUCAUUAAGUAUAUUCUAUCGAAACUAUUCUUAAGAAAUCGGAUUGGAAAGUGGGCGAUUGCGAUGUCCGAGUUCACAUUAGUGUACGUUCCCCAGAGAGCAGUGAAAGGACAAGUGUUGGCUGAUUUCUUGGCCGAUCAUCCUGGUAUUUCCCUCAGGGAGGAAACGAUUAGUUGUUGCGACAUAUCCAUAUGGGAGAUGUGGUUCGAUGGGUACAGGACUAGCCAGGGAGCAGGUGCCGGAGUACACAUUGUCUCGCCCUUGGGGGCAUCUUACCGGUUGUCUUUCAAACUCCAGUUUGAGUGUACCAACAAUCAGGCAGAAUACGAUGCCCUAAUAUUCGGUCUCGAGAUUUUGGCCGAGCUGAGGGCAAAGUAA